UGUCUGUUUAAGUUACAGACCGCUUCAGAGCCAGGUCCCAUUUGAUAGAGCUGCUCCCAAGGGAAUCUGUGACACCCGUAAACGCAGUGAAGCUCUCUCUCUCUGGCUCCAGAUGAAAAUGGGUCCCCCCAGAAUGGAACGGAUGGGGGCAGGGCUGCUGGUCACUCUCGUUCUGGGAAUGAACUGCUGGUCUUGUGCAGGAUUCCCGGUGUAUGACUAUGACCCAGCCUCCUUGCGGGAUGCCCUGGGGGCCUCCGUGGCCAAAGUGAACUCCCAGUCACUGAGCCCCUUUCUCCUCCGCCCAUUCCGGAGCUCCUUAAAGAGAGUUAAUCUCAUGGACGAGGGCAGCUUGAGCCUGGAUCUAGAGUUCAGCGUUCGGGAGACCACGUGCAGGAAAGACUCGAGGGAGGAUCCUGCCACCUGUAACUUCCAGAGGGGCUACCAUGUGCCUGCAGCCCAGUGCAGAAGCACCGUGCAGGUAUCCGCUGAACAGGUGCAGGAUGUGUGGGUGCGCUGCCGCUGGUCCUUCAGCUCGGAGUCCAAUAGCAGCGAAGAGAGGGUUUUUGCAUAUGCCUUGAGACCCUAUAAAUGGAGAAACAAUUAUCAGAUUGAUCUGACCCCUGAUAAUUUCAGAAGGCAACAAUUUUAUGACCGGUCCCAUGAGGCCAUGAGAACCGUCCCUCUUCCUGGAAACAGGAAUUUCCGGAGCCAGUGGUACAGAGGAGGAAUAAAUAGUGGUGAAGAAUAAGACCUGAGGAAAACAUGCAGGAAGAAAUAGAAAUCCUGGCAAAGGGAGACUCUCCGUGAACUGUGCAAGUUUUCUUUUGACUGGUUCCAGCCACCAAUAAAUGUCCCAGUUUUUGCUCUUUC